AGAAACGAAAAACACAAUGAAGUACAGCUGCUGCUGCUCUCGUCCCACCUUUGCCCUCAUCUUCAUUUCUUUCCUUUUCCUCUCUUUCACCUCUCUUCUCCCCAUUUGCAUUGCUUGCAGUUGUGAAGUGGGGGAGGGAAAGAUUUUGGACUGCUGCGGUGCCGGCGUGCCACUGCUCACUGCCACUGCUCACAUCUCAGGCACUGGCAACAUGGAAAUUUAUUUGGUGACCCAAAUCAUGUGGAGCCAGCCUUACAUAGUAGGAUUUGGUUGCUGCUGCUCACUGCUCAAGCAAAGAAGGAUAAAAUUUGUUGCCAAAAAAAGGAGUAGAUAAGGAUCAGGAAGCGAGCUUGAAUGGAGAAAAAUGAUUUGACAGGGGAUGAAAUUCCAUUUGGUUACAUUGAAGGGACUGGUAAAGGGCCAAGUGAAUGGGGCAACAUCAGGCCAGAUUGGAAAGUUUGCAAUACUGGAAAAUUGCAGUCUCCUAUUGACCUUCUGGAUGGAAGAGUACAGGUUACGUCUAAUUUAGGGGAAUUAAAGAGGGACUACAAUGCAGCUCCAGCUGUUCUGAAGAAUAGGGGAUACGAUAUUUCAGUGUCGUGGGAAGAGGAUGCAGGAAAAAUCAUUAUAAAUGAAACUGAUUAUAAGGUGAUUCAGUGUCAUUGGCAUUCACCCUCAGAGCACACAUUCAACGGAUCUAGGCUCGAGUUGGAAAUUCACAUUGUUCAUCAAAGUGCCUCAGGAAAGAAUGCAGUUAUCGGAAUUGUCUACAAAUAUGGCCUCCCUGACCCCUUUCUUUCAAGGCUGCUUCCUCACAUUAUAACACUUGGAAAAAAUGAGAGACCAAUAGGUAUUGUUAACCCAGAAGAAAUCAUGUUUGGAAGCAGAGAGUAUUACAGAUACAAUGGUUCACUUACAACUCCUCCCUGCACCGAAGGUGUUGUUUGGACAAUUUUCAAGAAGGUGAGGACAGCCUCAAGAGAGCAAGUACAAGCAUUAAGGGAUGCUGUUGAUGAUGGAUAUGAGGCAAAUGCGAGACCAACACAAGCACUGAAUGGAAGACCAGUAUGGCUCUACACUCCGAGCAAGAACUAAUAGUGAUUGUGCAUACGUCUAUAGUAGUGUGUAAGAGAAACUGAACUAUAAAAAUGGCUGCUUUAGCUGUCAUGAAGCAACAAUAUGAAUAAUGUCUCCGAAUGAGGCAACAGCAAUGAUUUUUCUUUUGAGUCCCUUCCGUUUGGAGUCAGUCCCUUGAUAUAUAUAUAUAUAUAUAUAUUUGGUAAAUGGAGUCAGUCCCUUGAUGAUCAUCUUGUGCGUGUAUUGUCAUCAUAUAUGGAGAUACAAUAAAAUUUUACUAAUCUU